AAAAAAAAAACAAAAAAAAAAAGGAAGAAAGAAAUUACUAUUAACAUAUCAGCUCUCCCGGCAAGGUGAGGACUGUUAGCUGGGAUCCCGCUUUCUGAGAAUUGUUUAACUCGUCACAACAGUUGCGUCGGUAUGGCGCAACAACCGGCGAUUGCGGAGGAGAACAGCUCCUCCGGCGACGUAACCGACGAUCCAAACAAGAGCGACAAGAAGCAAAACCUCGCAACCGAUCCGGAAUCCUUUAGUUGCGUGCUUCAACCUUCGCCCGCCGACUCCGAUCCUAACUACAUCGGAAUUCGCCGUCUGCUCCUCUUUCGCAAAGCUGAAUCUGGUGUUCUUCGCCGCAAGGACUGGAGAUGUAAUGGAAAAGGUUAUGUUGCCUACCGUAAUUACAUUAGCAGGCCAAGGAAUUGGGAGAGUUUGAUACCCAGCCAUUCAAGUACACCCGGAAACAGUGGCCGAUGGGUAUCAUCCUCUGGUCUUCUCUCCCAUUUCUUAGAAGUGGACAGCUGGAGUACGGGCAGGGAUGUGCGAAAUGGAAGCCAAGCACUUAGUCGUAGUAGCUCAAAUGUGAGCGAUGGCGAUUUCUCACGUAGAAGGUCUGAACCUGCAUAUUCAUUUGUUGGGAUGCAUUGCAUUUUUGACCAAUGCAAGGCCAUGGUUACUGUAAUAAAGUUUGGGCACACGAGUUCAGAUAUUCUUGCAUAUGGAGCCUCUGAUGGAAGUCUAACUGUCUGCAGUGUCGCUGUACCACCUUCAGUCAUCAAGCAAUUAGCCGGACAUUCUAAAGAUGUCACAGAUUUUGACUUCUCUACGAAUAACCAAUAUAUUGCCUCAUCCUCCAUGGACAAAACUGUUCGAGUAUGGGAUAUUCCGCAGGGCCUUUGCAUCAGGGUGAUUUAUGGUGUCUCUCCACAACUUUGUAUUCGGUUCCACCCAGUGAACAACAACUUUCUUUCUGUGGGCAACGCAAACAAAGAGAUCACUGUUUUUAAUUUCAGCACCGGGAGAACCAUUAGCAAAUCGAUAUUUGACAGUGAGGUUACUGCUAUGGACCAUGAUCACACUGGCCAGCUCAUAUUUUGUGGUGAUUCUCAGGGAUGUAUAUACUCAGUUACUAUGGAAUCCCGUACUGGUGCUUUAUCUCGGGCUCACCGUCAUCGGAGCACUAAUAAAAGGAAAUCUCCUGUGACAACAGUGCAGUAUAGAACUUUUUCUUUGCUUGCAAGAGGUCCAGUUUUGCUGACCUUUACUCGGGAUGGAAGUUUGUCUUUUUUCAGGUUCAACUGGAACAUAACUCAUUAUUCCUUAACUUCUUGUUUUGGCGUCUCAUGGUAAUAUCUACUUCCUCUGUAGUGUUUCGUUGGAGAUACAAGGAUAUUUAACUCUUCGAUGCUCGCUUAAGUUGGCUCCUCGACUUCACAGCAUUCGUGCUUCGUUCUGUCCUCUGCUUUCACUUGAAAAGGGUGAAUAUAUUGGUACGUGGUGAUUAAUGAACCUAAUGAUAUCCUUUACAUUGAUAAAAUGCCUUAGCUUUAUUAUGAGAACAUAAAGCAUUUCAAUGUAAGCAUAAGAAUCCUGCAACAGUUGCCUAUCAUGUGAUCCCUUUGGUUUGUUAACUUUAGUUCUGUUUAUGACAGUGUUGGUCCGAAGGCAAUAGGGAUGUAAAAACUUUAGCAGAUUAAAGUUCUUCAUGCUUCUUUGUAUGAACUAACCAGUUAACUGAAUCCGUGGUUAAAUUCAGUGUUUCUCAUUCCGCAUCUUUUCACAAAAACAUUUGGUGAUUUUAAAUGAAGUUUGUACUAAUGCAAAUCUAGCUUUACUGUUGAAUCGUGAUGAUGUUUUGUGAUUAAAUUUUUUGAUAUCGCAGUUGCUGGAAGUGAAGAUGCCAACGUGUACUUCUACGACUUAACACGACCCCGGCACACUUGUGUGAACAAGUUACAGGUGCAUCUCAGAACUUGUCAAGCAUUGUUGUCGAGUUUAUACUAAUUCACAAAUAAGUCUGAAAUCCUAACCCGGUCUCUGAUGGAUGCUUGUUACCUCAGGGUCAUGGUUACCCAGUAAUCGGAGUUGCGUGGAACUAUGGGGAGAACUUCCUGGCUUCUUCUGAUUUUGGUGGCACUGUAAUUGUGUGGAAGAGAGCAAAAACAGGAUAAAACAUUUUUGUUCGGCACUGAACUUUCUUCCAACCCGGUGACAGUCAACCCAAGUUACUAGAUGCGUAAUGAUAUUCACACCUUUCCCCUUCUCACUUAAGUGAUCGUCAAAGCUCAGAGUCCCAUUCUGUUGUUUGUAAAUGCGCCAGUUAUGAUGGGUUUCAGUCCAGAUGGGAUGAAAUUGGGAUUUUAACGUGGGCCCUGUUUGAGUUUCUCGCGAGCUCUCUCAUACAUGUUUCUAUAUGCCCAAUUAGGUAAUCAUUUUAUACAGGCAGAUAACAGGACGAUGAAUGCAGUUGGUUUUGGCCAAACAGUGUGUGUAGGAAUGUAUGGCAAAACAGCCUAUAUCCGAAAUACCCCCAGUUUUGAAUAUGUUAAAUUUUUUUUGAUUCCUACGAGCCCACCGUCAACAAAAAUGCCAAUAUUGUGUCACAUUCAGGAUGCGUUCAGCGGAAUGACUCGGUAUUUGAUUUUACAUGCACGAAAAAAAACACAAUAAAACGUGUUCGUGUCUCCUUCGUACGCAUUACAUUAGUCAUUGAG